ACUCCCCGCGUACUCAAGCCCCGCCCUCAGCCCCGCCCCGAAGUUUAAGGGGUGUGGAUGGUUUGUGACCCCCCCCUCACCCGACUCUACCCCUCACGGGCUUGGGAGAACUAGGCUUGUGCACGGCGGCCGGGACCAGGCAGCUUUUCGGCUUGGGUGGGCCCACGGAUCUCUCUCCAGUGCUGCGGGAAUAGGACCUCCUCCGAAAAGGCAGGGUCGGGGACGCCCCCUCACCGCGCGGUCAGAGUCGCUCACAGGCUCAGAGCGAAGGCCUCUGAGGCGGGAGACUUAGGGUCCUGCCCGGCCCCUGCCCCCUAAAGUUCCCUGUGCCUGUCGUUUUCGCCUCUGUUCGCCGCAGUUUCCUUUUCUGUAAAUAGGGGUUGGUGACAUUAAUUUAUGAUCAGGGGUUAGUUGUGGGAGUGGUAAAUAAUUGCUACCAUUUAUUUAUUGAACAAUUGCAAUGUGCUACGCAUUCUGCUAAGUAUUUUGCUUGGAUGAUUUCCCGUCAUCUUCAAAACAACCUUAUGAGUGUGGACCCGGUCAGCAGCCAGGCCAUGGAACUCUCUGAUGUCACCCUCAUUGAGGGUGUGGGUAAUGAGGUGACUGUGGUGGCAGGUGUGGUGGUGCUGAUUCUAGCCUUGAUCCUAGCUUGGCUCUCUACCUACGUAGCAGACAGCAGUAGCAACCAGCUCCUGGGCACUAUUGUGUCAGCUGGCGACACAGCCGUCCUCCACCUGGGGCAUGUGGACCAUCUGGUGGCAGGCCAAGGCACCCCAGAGCCAACUGAACUCCCCCAUCCAUCAGAGGGUAAUGAUGAGAAAGCUGAAGAGGCUGGCGAAGGUGGGGGAGACUCCACAGGGGAGCCUGGAGCUGGGGGUGGUGUGGAGCCCAGCCUUGAGCAUCUGCUUGACAUCCAAGGCCUGCCCAAAAGAGCAGCGGGCCCAGAAAGCAGCAGUCCAGAAGGCCCUCUGAGAUGUGAGGAUAGCACCUGCCUGCCUCCCAGCCCUGGCCUCAUCAACGUGCGGCUCAAGUUCCUCAAUGACACCGAGGAGCUAGCUGUGGCCAGGCCAGAAGAUACCGUGGGUGCCCUGAAGAGUAAAUACUUCCCUGGACAAGAGAGCCAGAUGAAGCUGAUCUACCAGGGCCGCCUGCUGCAGGACCCAGCCCGCACACUGCGCUCCCUGAACAUUACCAACAACUGUGUGAUUCACUGCCACCGCUCACCCCCAGGGUCAGCUGUUUCAGGCCCCUCAGCCUCCCUGGCCUCCUCCUCAGCCACUGAGCCCCCCAGCCUUGGUGUCAGUGUGGGCAGCCUUAUGGUGCCUGUGUUUGUGGUGCUGUUGGGUGUGGUCUGGUACUUCCGUAUCAAUUACCGCCAGUUCUUUACCGCACCUGCCACUGUCUCCCUAGUGGGGGUCACUGUCUUCUUCAGCUUCCUAGUAUUUGGGAUGUAUGGACGAUAAGGACGUAGGGAGAAAAUGAAAGGCAUGGUCUUCCUCCUUUAUGGCCUCCCCCCUUUCCUGGCCAGAGCUGGGCCCAAGGGCCUGGGAGGGGGAGUGGAAAGGAUGUGAUGGGUCCUUUUCCAAAGGACACAGGAGGCAAUUACAGGGCCUCCCCUUCACGUCCACGAGGAUACAGACAUCCCUUCUGUGCAAGCACAACUCAGGUAGAAACAGGGAUGUCAUCUUCCUUCACUUUUAGGGUCCUGAAGUUCAGAGCCAAGCUGGUAGCCCAGCUCAGUGGGGAGCCUGGGCUGAGGGUUCCCUCCCAGCUGACCCUAGCUCUUCCCGUUGUCCUGCAUGUGUUCUCCUCAGAGCUGCCUGCCAGGGCAGCUCAGCAUGGCCCCAGCAUACUUCUGUAGGGCGUCUGGAGUAUCUUUCAUUUCCUCAGUGGAAUAUCCAUAUUUUGAGACAAAAAUCACACAGGCAGGAAUGAAGAUUAUAUCAGCUUGCCCUAUAGGCACCUAGCCACCUCUCCCUUCUCCCUCCACUUCUGUAGCAGGAAUAGGGUGUUCUCCAUGUUCUGGACAGUUUCCAGUGUUCUCCCUUUCUUCAAAGCACUUUGCUUGUAUUUUUUUUUUUUAUAGUCCUUUAUAGAGCUCCAUCAGGAAGGGGAUUGGGGCACAAAGCCAAGCCCCCAGUACUGGGAGAGGCCAGGCCACAGCUGCUGCUACCCUAGGCCUAAGGGUGUAAGCAAGAGACAGUUCUGGCCCUCAGCCAGUGUGCUCCCCUGCUUAGCUCCAAGGACAGCUCAGGGUAUGGAGCACUGAGCCCCAGGGCCUUGCCUCUGGGACUCUUGGAGGGUCAGUGUCUGUGACUGAAUAAAGUUCCAUUUUGUGGC